AUUACAGUCAGUGGGCGUGUUUUAAUGUUAAAUGCCUGCUUUGGAAGGACCCCCCGGAUAACAUGGAAGCUAGAGCUCCUGAGAUAGUAGAAGUGCGGUCCAGGUCAAAACAGUAUGAGAAGCUAGAUUUCCUGGGAGAGGGACAGUUUGCCACAGUUUACAAAGCCAGAGACAAGAACACAGACAAAAUUGUUGCCAUUAAAAAGAUUAAGCUGGGUCAUAGAUCAGAAGCAAAUGAUGGUAUUAACAGAACAGCAUUAAGAGAAAUUAAAUUGCUGCAAGAAUUAAGUCAUCCAAAUAUUAUUGGUCUUUUAGAUGCAUUUGGCCACAAGUCCAACAUCAGCCUAGUGUUUGAUUUUAUGGAAACUGAUCUUGAGGUUAUAAUAAAAGAUACUAGUUUGGUAUUAACCCCAGCUCAUAUAAAGUCCUAUAUGUUGAUGACUCUGCAGGGCUUGGAGUAUCUACACCAUCUUUGGAUUCUGCACAGAGAUUUAAAGCCAAAUAACUUGUUGCUUGAUGAAAAUGGGGUACUUAAAUUGGCUGAUUUUGGUCUGGCAAAAUCAUUUGGGAGUCCAAACAGAGUGUAUACACAUCAAGUGGUAACAAGGUGGUAUCGUUCUCCAGAGUUACUGUUUGGUGCCAGAAUGUAUGGUGUGGGAGUGGAUAUGUGGGCAGUGGGAUGUAUUCUAGCAGAGCUCCUUCUCAGGGUGCCCUUUUUGCCGGGUGAUUCUGAUUUGGACCAACUUACAAGAAUAUUUGAAACACUGGGUACACCGACAGAAGAACAGUGGCCAGGCAUGUCCAAUUUACCAGACUACGUAACAUUCAAGAGUUUCCCAGGAACACCUCUCCAUAUUAUCUUUAGUGCAGCAGGAGAUGAUCUUUUGGAUCUUCUGAAAGGUUUAUUUAUCUUCAGUCCAUGUGCACGAUACACAGCCUCACAGGCACUUAAGAAGAAAUAUUUCAGCAAUCGUCCAGCACCAACUCCAGGGCAGUUAUUGCCAAGGCCCAAUUGUUCUAUAGAAGCACUAAAGGAGCAGCAGAACAUUAAUAUGGGCAUCAAGAGAAAACGAACAGAAGGCAUGGAUCAAAAGGAUAUUGCCAAAAAGCUGAAUUUUUGACUGGACUGCAGACAAGAGGAGCCUUGUCACCUUGGAAAACCUAGCUGCUAUUAGUGAACUGAAAUCUGCAAAAGUUUAAACUUAUUACUAAAAUCCUUGUAAUAUAUUGUAAAUUACAUCUUUAAUACUUGAGAAUUUGUAAACUGCAAAAGACCUAGCUACCUGUAAAUCAUUAUGUAUUUUUUUUUUUUAGAGAAUAAAUGGUUUAAAAGCUUA